CUCCAAGGCUCCUUGAAGAGAAAGUUGGUGGUAAAUCUGUCCCCUGUCAACAAGAGGCCCAAUGGUAUUUCAGAGAGCUCUUUCCUGGACAUUAAGAGGAUAAGAGUGGGUGAUAAUAUCUCAGUGGGACAAGGUGGACAACAUGUAAACAAUUGCCAAAGCCAGUCAAUGUCAGGAACUAUGUCUGUGGGGCAAGGAUCCCAAAGAAAGGUGAGCAACCUAGCAAACAACACACAUGCUACUGGGAAUGGCAUGUUUAAUAUGACUCUGAAAGAGGUAAAGAAAGAGCCAGGAGAAACAAUGUCCUGCAGCAAACACUUAGAUGGCCAGACAUCCCAUGAGAACAUGUUCCCUAACAGAUAUGGGGAAGACUCAUGGGACCAAAUGAUGGAUCUGGAGCUUCAGGAACUGUUUAAUGAACUGACUAACAUAUCAGUGCCACCAAUGAGUGAUCUUGAAUUAGAGAAUAUGAUAAAUGCAACGAUAAAGCAAGACGAGCCAUUCAACAUUGACCUUGGGCAGCAGAGCCAGAGGGGCCCUGUGAGGUCUCUGCAGAUGGAUAAGAUGGUGAUAAAAAGUGAAUAUGCACCAGGCAUGAGUCAGGCUCCUGUGGGCUCCCCACAGAUGAGACCUUCUUCUACAGGUCCAGCCUUCACUAUGGCCACCACUGCCAUGUCCACCUCUUCACCCAUCCCUUCGGUGCCUCAGAGUCAAACACAGGUUUCACAGGUCUCUUCUGCGCCCAGUCGGCCAUUGCCUAACUGGCAGGAGGUGUCUCACGCGCAGCAGCUCAAACAGAUCGCAGCCAACCGGCAGCAGCAUGCCUUGAUUCAGCAGCAACAGCAGCAGCAGAACCAGACAGCCAACUGGUCCACUCUGUCUCCAUCAGGACCUUCUCCUGGACCCUUCGUGCAAGAGAAAAUCCCCAGUCCUUCUUUUCGCCAGCAGCAAUUCAGCCCACAAAGCUCAGCAAUGCUUGGGGUACCAGUGAAUGGCAACCAGUCGAAAGGGAUGAGCAACUAUGUUUAUAAACCAACCACUCCCCAGAGCAACCCCAUGGACAUAAUCAUGCAACAGAAGCCUCAGGACCUCAACAGAAACUUUAUUAACAGUGCUCAGCCACCACUAGAGCAGCAUCAUGGCAACACAAAGCCUUUGUUUCACUUUAACUCAGAGCAAACAAACCAGCAGAUGCCUUCAGUUUUGGGUUCCCAAAACAAGCCUGCCCUUCUGCACUACACGCAGCAGUCACAGGGUUCAGCCCCUGUGCAACAGCCUCCGCAACAGCAGCAACAGCAGCCUCAACCGCAGCCUGCGCAGCCUCUUCCGAACCAGUCUCUUCAAAGGCCACCCAACGUACCCCUAGCAAUGCAGCAAAAAAUGAUGCUUCAGAAAAUGCAGCAAAGCCAGCAAAUCUCAGGUUUGCAGUAUCCAGUCUCUCAGCAGCAUAGACAGGAUCAACACUCUGUGGUAGGCCAGGGAGCUGGCCCCACUCCAAGCUCCAGUUCUUGCUCAAAUCCAAACACUGGAAGUGGUUACAUGAACUCAUCCCAGCAAUCAAUGUUGAAUCAGCAACUGAUGGAAAAGAAACAGGCUCUGCAACGGCAAAUGAUGGAGCAAAAACAACUCCUUCUACAGCAGCAGAUGUUGGCAGAAGCCGAGAAAAUAACUCCACAAGAUCAGCUGAACAGACACUUGACACGGCCACCACCAGAUUAUAAAGACCAAAGAAGGAACGUGGUCAACAUGCAACAAGGAAACCAAUAUCCUGGUGGUUCACCAGCUGUGAGUAUAAGCUCCAACAACAUGUCCUUAUCCAACCCAAUUUCAACUCACAGCAUCAUGCCCCAGAGCUCCAGCCUCAUGUCCACCGCCACAGGGACCCGAAUGCCUUCUGUUCCUGCCGCUCGGAGUAUGGGCUGCUACGGCAACCUUCCUUGCAACCAACCAAACACAUACAAUGUGACUUCAGGAAUGAACCAAAUGCAGCCUCACAGAAACCAAAAUCAAGUCCUGCCCAGUCAGAAUAACGCCAUGAUGUCUCGACAGCAAACCAUGACGCAGGGAAACAAUGCGGCGGCUUUUGGGACGGCAUCAGUGGUCAACUCACAGCAAGUAAGGCCAAGCUUGAACCACGGAGCCACAGGUAUCCCCACACAGAGGCCGGCCAACGUGAUGAUCACAGCUACUGCCACUGCCCAGAACUGGGCCCCGCAAGAACCUGCGGUGAAGCAGCAGGAUGCACUGAAACCCACAGGGGUCCGCUUCCCCACCAGCACUCCAUAUCCUAACCAGUCUUUGCAACGCAGUGUAGGCAACCAGCAUUUUCCUCAGCGUGCAUUGGCACCUCCUAGUCAGUUAACAGCGGGAGUCCAGCUGAGGCCUCCUCUGAACCAAAUGCACCAGACUCUGAACGGGCAGUCUGCUGGCUCACUGCGAGCACACGGCAUAAGACCUAACCAGCUGAGAGGACAGACCAUGCCUACCAUGAAUCAGCCAGGAACAAGCAUGACACCUCCUUCAUCUCUGCCAUCAACCAGUUUCACAUCUACCAACCAAAACUCUCGCGCUUACCAAGGAAACGAUCAUGGUAAUGACCUAGCGUUUGACUUUCUGAACCAGCAAGGUGACAGUAUAGGACCUGCGCUCAACAGUGACUCAGACUUUAUAGAUUCUUUACUGAAAACAGAACCUGGUAACGAUGACUGGAUGAAAGACAUCAACCUCGAUGAAAUUUUGGGGAACCACUCGUAA